CUUCCUUAUUUUCCUGGAGGCUACUGGUCUUCUUUGAUCAUACACACUACUUUCUCACACCACCUAACCCCAACUUGUCGUUAAUGAUUAAAAUAAAUGAAUACCAUUAUAAAAAUCGAGUGCUAUAAAACCCCAUUUCAAUUUUUCAGCUCUUCUGAAUCUUUAUAAGACUCAAAACGCAACCCUCUCCUCUACUGAGAAAAACAGAGGGAAAGAACGUUGGAGUCGCCAUGUCUGAAAUAGUCAACGAGGCUUGGAGAAAAUAUCUCAUACAGCUUCAAUCCCACCCUCUCAGAACUAAGGCAAUUACAUCUGGAGUUUUAGCUGGGUGUAGUGAUGCAAUAGCCCAGAAGAUUUCUGGGAUCAAAAAGCUUCAAUUGAGAAGACUGCUUUUGAUAAUGCUCUAUGGGUUCGGGUAUGGGGGACCAUUUGGGCACUUCCUCCACAAAUUGAUGGAUAUAAUAUUCAAGGGAAAGAAGGACAACAAAACUAUUGCAAAGAAGGUUUUGCUGGAACAAUUAACUUCUUCCCCUUGGAACAACAUGCUUUUCAUGAUGUACUAUGGCUUGGUGGUUGAAGGAAGACCAUGGAAUUUAGUCAAGAGUAAAGUUCGAAAGGACUACCCUUCUAUUCAAUUGACAGCAUGGAAGUUUUGGCCAAUUGUUGGUUGGGUGAAUUACCAGUAUAUGCCCCUGCAAUUCCGGGUCUUGUUUCACAGCUUCGUUGCCUCGUGCUGGGCAAUCUUUCUCAAUCUGAAGGCUAGAUCGGGGGUAAUCAAGCAGGCCUAGAACACCUAAUUUUGUUCUUCCCUUUUCUAUGUUUGAUUGGAGCUCUUACACUCAUUUUGUGAAAAUGGUUUCCUGAUUAGUAUCCUUUGUAUAAGUUUCUAGCUGAAUUAGUACUAUGAAGCGGUCGAUUUUCUUUCUUACUGCCAGUUCUAUCAUACGGUUGAAUUAUUGUAGGAUAUACUUAAAUCUAGUUCAAUUUGCAGAAGAUCAACAAUGUUUCAGUUGAUUUUGUGA